AUGGCAUCAUACGGCUACGGACAGAAUCCCCAGUACGGCGGUGGGGGCGCGCAAAACCUCCAAUUCUACUCCUCUUCGUUCUCGAAUCAGCCAGUGUCUGGCCACUCAACACCUUUCCAAGCCAACUACGGAGCGUCGCAAACGCAGGCCUACCCCGCACAAUAUGGCCAGGGUUUCUCUACGCCAGGGGUCAGUGGUCAGAUGGGCAUGGGAGAGUCCGGGCUGCGGACAGGAUGGCUUGCAGCUUUCGGCGCGGAGGGAUACGAAGGGGAGCCACCGCUGCUGGAAGAGCUUGGAGUGAACUUCGGGCACAUUCAAUCGAAGACACUUGCCGUGUUGAACCCUUUCAGGCGCAUUGAGCCGCACGUCAUGGAUGACAGCGAUGUUGCGGGACCUAUCUUGUUCUUCUUCAUCUUCGGCACAUCACUUCUGCUCUCCGGCAAGCUCCAUUUCGGCUACAUCUAUGGACUGGGUCUCGUAGGCACUAUAAUGCUUCACCAGAUCAUCUCGCUUAUGUCACCUCCGAUCAGCGCGGACGAAGCUGCAGCAGGACAGGAUCACGACCACGGCCACGCACGCGGCUCACACCUCGGUUCAUCUUUGACCUACCCACGAUCAGCCUCAAUUGUGGGCUAUUGCUUGCUUCCUCUUGUGUUGGUCUCGACACUGGGUAUCGUCAUACCGUUGGACGGCCUCUUUGGAUACGUUGUCACAAUUCUUUCCAUUAUGUGGUGCUCGUACUCUUCUAGCUCUAUGUUCACCAUUGCUGGCCGCAUGACUUCGAUGAGAGGUCUUGUUGCAUAUCCGAUGGUCUUGUUCUACGGUAGCUUUGGUAUUAUGGCCAUCUUCAGCUCCCGCGGCACAGGUCAGUUAGGCAAGGUCGCUGCUGGCCAGGCAUAG